GAUCAUCUAACAAAGAAAAAAGGAACUUAUUUAGUGCAAGACUUUCAUCCAUUAAGGGAUGGAAGGAAAAGUUUUUCUUUGUUGAUACCACAAAGUGGGAAAUGAGGGAUGUAGAGGUAGAAUUUUUGUCUAGCUGGAAGGCUAAAAAGGCCAACCAGAAUAAGUACAGCUUAACUAGUGAUGAGGAGGAAGAGUUUGAGAAGCUGGUGAGAGAGGGAGGUAACAUUUUGGAUAUUAUGUAUCUCACCAGCUUAGAGGUUAUAAAUGCUGCUGAGCUCUAUCGACCAACCGAGAUGAAGAGAUUUUUGGGUGCAGUUGGAGGAUUGGCUAUCCCUAAGGAACCAAAGAAGAAGUCAAAGACUUCAGAUGUUGCAAAGCUCAAACGCAAGGGAAGUGAAGACUUGGAGCCGGCUCAAAGGAAGAAGAAGAGGGUGGGGGAGAUAGAAGUUAGAAGAGACAAGGUGGUGGAGUUCGUACCUUGGCCUCUUCCUGUCGAGCUCGAUCCAGAACUCAGAAGGAUUGCGGUUUCCACCCAUGGCAAGGGAAAGGCUCUAGUACCUCUUCCUACUCUGCAGAACAGUAUUUUUGAUACGAAAAGUAGUAUGGUAGCGAAAAACCUCUUAAAUGCAUAUCUUUCUAAAGUGGAUCAUCGCCGAGCAAAAGAGGAGGUUCUGAGCAAUGGAGGGAGUUCGCUUGUUAAGCAUGCCUUGGAGAUUAAGUUGAGGUGGGAUCGUGACAAAGAGGGUUGCAGCAUUUUCCCUCCGAACUUCAACUUCGAAUUCGUCAUAAUGGAGGAAGGGAAUGCAAAGGCAAAAGGUGCAGAGCUGGGGGAGAGCCAGGCACCUCAUCCAGUGGAGAUCCAUCCAGUUCCUUCAGAGGAAGACCAGCCAGCUCCCCCAACAGAAGAUCAGCCACCUCCUGCAGUAGAGUAGCGAGACUUUAUUUCUUUGGUUUUUAUUUUAUUGUAACGUUUGAACAAUUUGUUUGUUUUAAUUCGAACAUUUAUGUAGUCACUUCGUCUGUUAAUUUAAUUGAGUGUUGAGGAUUUAUUUUAACUAUUUGUUGUGUUGGUGUUAAGUAAGAGUUGAAAUGAGUGAAAACACUUCAAAUUUGAAGUGAAAUUUAUUAAUAGAAUCGACGUCAAAGG